UCAUGAGAAAAGCAUUAUUCUCCAAGAAGAUGAUGAGAUUCCAGUUCAAGAAUAUCAUCAAGAAUCUACUGAUUUGGAUGAAAAUAAUACUAUGCCUAAUAUGUGUGGUGAUAUUGCUACUAUGGAUGGGGUAUUUGGUGAAAAAAAUCCAACACAUUCUGUAAAUAAAAACAAUGGCGACAUAUACUUAGAAAAACCGGGUAGUGAAUCAGAAGAAGCCUCUCAAGGGGGACUGAUUGAAACCAGUGAAGAUGGAAGCCUGAAGCCUCAAGAGAAAGGUUGUGAUCAAGAGACUUACAGUGUGGAGAAGGAACUGUCUUCUAAUGUAGAAACAGAGAAGAUAGCAAAAGUAACUGAAAACCAAAAUGCAGAUAUUGAAGUUCUUCCCAGCUUGAGAAAAACAUCUAGACACCACAACAGGCUGAUUCAAGAGGAGGAAGAAAUGAGAGAUUUUAAUCCACGGGGACCAAAUUUUCUUCCAUUGAAGCCUGAUCCAGAAGCAGAAAGAGUUGAUCUCAAGCAUCAAAUGAUCGAGGAAAGAAAGAAUGCAGAGGAAUGGAUGAUUGAUUAUGCACUCCAACAAGCAGUGAGCAAGCUUGCUCCUGCACGCAGAAAGAAGGUGGCAUUCCUAGUUGAAGCUUUCGAAACAGUGUCACCAAUUCCCAAAUGUGAACCUCACCUUAGGCGAGGAACGAAACUAUUCCCUCCCAGAAGAUACAUCCAGGCUUGCAAUUGAUGAAAAAUAAAAUCUCAGACAAAGAACGAUCUCCAUGUCAUGGUGAGGGGGGAGCCAGUGAAGAAUGCUCAUUCACAAAUAUGCAACCUUGCUCCCAACAUAUGGAGGAAAGCACAGGAAUUAGAAAGCUGCAUUCAGAGAUUCUAUGAUGUGUAACAGCUGAAAGCAACUAACUGUGUUCUAAUUUCUUACAUUACUUGAUGCAGAGAGGGGAUAUAAACAAUAUUCCCUCAGUUUAUUGUGUAAUUUCUGGAUUAUGUGGAACUUUAAGCUAAUGAUAUGAUGAGAUCUGUUAUAAC